GGACGCCCGCCGGCCGGGUCCGCGUCCCGCCCCCGCCCCCGGGCCCGGUCGCGGCGGGGCGGUCGAUGGCCCGGCGGCGACGGCGGCGGCAUGCGGCUCCUGUUCCUGGCGGUGCUGCGGCCGCACACGGGCAACGCGGUCACAGCCCAGCGCGUCCGGGACCAUCUGGAAGCCGCAGGUCACGUGUGUCUUCUGAAAGAUGCCUGUGACUUUGAUGGCCCAUCCGAGAUUGCAGUCCUCAUCCAGGCGGAGGCCGUGGAGGCGGCAGUGGCUCUGCAUCUGUACCGAGCCGGCCGGCUCUUACAAGGUCAUAGAAUUCCUUUUGGAAUCAUCUUCGGUGGAACUGAUUUAAACGAAGAUGUUAACCGGGGAGAAAAAAACCAAGUGAUGGCGAAAGUCCUUGAAGAAGCCAGAUUUGCAGUCGCUUUCACAGAGUCAAUGAAGGAAAUGGCAUGCCUGCAGUGGCCGCAUGCUAAGGGUAAGAUCUAUGUCCAGAGCCAAGGAAUCGCAACAGCACCAAACACCGCCUUUAACUGGGAGGCCUUUCUUCAACGUGCAGACAUCAAGCAAAGCACUGACAAUUUACAUGUGUUUCUCCUGAUCUGUGGACUCAGACAAGUGAAAGACCCGCUAUACUUAGUGGACGCCUUCGCAGAAUGGCAUCAAGAAGAGCCCACCGUUUACAUGCUGAUCGUAGGUCCUGAGGUUGAUCCAGUGUUUACAAGGGAAGUGAAAGCCAAAGUGAAGAGGGCCACUGGGGUGCGACUGAUCCCCGAGAUGCCUCAGGACGACCUCCACGCGGUUGUGCAGAAGUGCUUCGCGCUGGUGAACAGCUCUGUGUCCGAAGGCAUGUCCGCUGCCAUCCUGGAGGCGAUGGACCUGGAAGUUCCGGUCUUGGCCAGGAACAUCCCGGGGAACGCGGCCGUGGUGACGCACGAGGUCACAGGACUGCUGUUCUCCGACCCCCAGGAGUUUGUGCAGCUGGCGAAGAGACUGCUUAGUGACCCUGCAUUAGAGAAGGAGCUCGUGGCCAACGGAAGGCGGUACGUGAGAAUGUACCAUUCGUGGCGUGUGGAGCGAGACACCUACCAGCACCUCGUCAGGACCCUGGAGGGCAGCCCUGAGGACUAACGGUGCGUGCCUGGGGCCUGUCACGUGCCGCUGGCAUCUGCCAUCAGCGGCACAGCCCUGGGCAAAUAAAUCCUGGGCCCGCAGGUCCAGCCCCAUAUACGAAUCGAGCCAGUUUCCUUGGAAUUGUAGAGGUGUCGGUUGCAAGAGGGCUCACCCCAAAGCUCUCUGUGCUCCCAGUAACACUCCCGACGUGUUUCCAGAUCAGGCCAGAUGGAGACAUUGCGGCUCCUGGGGAGGGCUCCCUGGUUUUCAGGGAAUCAGGGAGAGAACUGGAUUUGUGGCUUUAGCAGGCUUAUCUGUAAGUCCGCACAGUGCAGGCACCGCUCACCUGCCUUCUGGUGGCCUCUAAGCCAUUGUCGUCUGUCCUGAAAGCAAAAGCAAACAAACGUUUCCGCUGCAAGGAGCCCUGGCAGCAUUGUUCACACGGUACAGACCACAGCGAAUGUGGGUCCUGACAGAUCCGCAGGGGCCGUGGCUGACGGGACACUGGGGAUGGGCUGUGGAGUCCACAUGUGCACACACCGUCCUCCUCAGGUAAGUAGCCGGAAAGCAGCAGGUGCCCUCUAGAAAAACAGGUAGUGCCUUUGGGACCCAAUGUCCACGUGGGGAGUCGGGGGCUGAGGUUGGCAGGCCCUAAGGGAAGACCUCCUUACCCAAAGCCACCCCUUGUCAGGAGAAGCCGCAUAUUAAAGCAGUGGUUCCCAGCCGCUCUUUUAAAACCUUCUGAUACCCGGGCUGCAUCCCAGAUGUUACAUCAGAAUCUUGGGGUGUGGGGGGCCCCCGUCCUGAAGCUUCCGUGAUCCAAUGUGCAGACUAGAUGGACAACUGACUGGAAUGGCCCAUGUGAACAGGGACCAGAAUGUCACAGAAAACAAGGACAAUGUAAACAGAGGUUGGAUGGUAACUUCCUAUUGAAAUAUAAACCCCAGAAUUAAGAAACUAGUUAGAUUCAUCUCUAACAAAAUUUAUUUAUGCAGGUGGAGUUGCAUCUGUAAGUGCAGGGCCAAGAACUACCCCCUCCCCGCCCCAAUACACACACACA